GAGGACAUGUGACUUGUCCUGUCUCUGAAAUCCUACUUGUCCUUCACAAACAAAUCAUUCUCUGAUUUUUUUUUUUUAGUUUUAAGGUGAAUAUUCCUGCUGGGUCUUCUUGCAUUUUGAGAUGAGCUAAGUUCUGAGUCUCUGGUAUUUCAUUGCAGAGAUUUUGCAAGAUUUUUCUGAAUUGCUUUCUUUUUUGGUAUUUGGGUUAUGUUUGGUGGGAAGAUGAACCAUGCUAUUGCAUUGAAAUAUCCAUCACAAUUCAUAGGUAGGAGUACUUUCAAUCAUAGAAUCAAGAAUUGUUCGAUGAAACCGAAUUCGAUUGCAUUUGCAUCUGUAAAACCGUUAUCAGUUCUCUUGCAAACCAAUGAGAGUGAAAAUCCACCUGAUAACAGCGCAAGUUCGUCUUCAGGUCUGGCUAAUUGUAUGAAAAACAGUUCUUUACUUGGCCAAGUGAAUACAGUCGGAAUCAUAGGAGGUGUAUCGGCGACUUCUACUCUGACAUUUGCCGGAAAACUAUUGGAAUUGAGUUCAACAGAAGGAGAGGAAAAUCUUCCAUUUAUAAUUUGCAGUGACCCAGUGUUGAGGAAACAACUUUCUUCUUGUGGUACGAGAAAUGCUUGUUUGGAUUUGGAAGUUACUCCAGUGUUGCAGAAUUUGAGAUCGAAAGUAACGUUUCUCGAACAGUCUGGCGCUCGUUGUAUUGUUAUGCCUUGCGAUGUUUCGCGUAUAUGGCAUUGUGAGAUUUCUGAAGGGUGUUCAGUUCCUUUUCUUCAUAUGGGUGACUGCGUUGUUACGGAACUCAGAGAUGCAAAUUUAAAGCCUAUUGAAGCUGGGAGUAAUGUGAGGAUUGGAGUUCUUGCUACUGAUGCACCUUCAACUGCGCGAUACUAUCAAGAAAAACUUCAAAACGAGGGAUUUGAGGUUGUUCUGCCAGACAAACGUGCAGUGGAGCACACCAUAGUUCCAGCGAUCGAAGCUUUGACUAGGAAGGAUAUCGAAGGAGCGAGAAAUCUGUUGAGAGUUGCUCUUCAAGUUCUUCUGGUAAGAGAUAUCAAGUGAUGGGCAAUGGCGAAGGGCCCAGGAAUGAACAUGGGAGCAAGUUCACCGCUUUCUACAUUGAAAUCUGAAGAGAAGUUCAGGCCCUUCUCGACUCCUUUGCACAUCUGGUCAACUUUGUCUGCAGCCGUUCUUUGCGCCUUUUCAUACUCCGCAAACGUCAAUGCAUUCUUUACGUCUUCUCUACUAUGCCAUCGAGCAUCUAAAAAAAACAAAAAUAAGUUCUUUAAACAGAAGUUGUGUUAAACUGAUUGGAAACACCUUGAAAAGGGUACACGCAUGUAGAUUUAGCGGGCAAUAAUCAGGUGCAUAUAAAUUGCUUAGGCAAGGCAAACCAAGGCAAAUCCCAGCAGAAGUUACGUGCUAACAAGUCCUUGACAAACUUUAAUUUCUUUAAAAUUGUUAAAAAUACCUUCCAACUCCA